AUGGUAUCCGCGUCAAGACAUACAUCAACGGCAUCCGCGCCAGGACAUACAUCAAAGGCAUCCGCGCCAAAGCAUACAUCUAUGAAAUCCGUGCCAGGACAUACAUCAACGCCAUCCGCGUCAAGACAUACAUCAACGGUAUCCGUGCCAGAGCAUACAUCUAUGAAAUCCGCGCCAGAACAUACAUCAACGGCAUCCGCGUCAGAGCAUACAUCUAUGAAAUCCACGCCAGGACAUACAUCCACGGUAUCCGCGCCAGAAUAUACAUCCACGCCAGGACACACAUUAAUGGCAUUCGCACCACAGCAUACAUCCACGCCAGGACACACAUUCAUGGCAUCCGCACCACAGCAUACAUCCACGCCAGGACACACAUUCGUGGCAUCCGCGCCAGAACAUACAUCCGUGGCAUCCGCACCAGGACAGACAUUCAUAACAUCCGCACCACAGCAUACAUCCAAGCCAGGACACACAUUCAUAACAUCCGCACCACAGCAUACAUCCACGCCAGGACACACAUUCAUAACAUCCGCACCACAGUAUACAUCCACGCCAGGACACACAUUCAUGAUAUCCGCACCACAGCAUACAUCCACGCCAGGACACACAUUCAUGGCAUCCGUACCACAGCAUACAUUCACGGCAUUCGCGCCAGGACACACAUUGAUGGCAUCCGCGCCAGAACAUACAUCCGUGGCAUCCGCGCCAGAGCAUACAUCUAUGGCAUCCACGCCACAGCAUAUCAUGUCGUCCACACUACGAUAUACACCUAGGAUGCCACAAAAAUUCAUUCCUGCACCAAGAUAUACGUCAGUACCAUCAGCAGAAUAUAUACGUGCACCACAAAAUCCGGCGCCAGUAACACAUAAAUCGUCUGGCCGGAUUUUAACAGCUCGUAAUACAAAAUCUUCAGCGAGUAAUGCUUCCAAUUCUUCAUCUUUAAAUUUUUUUGGUUGA